AUGACAAGGCGUACUACUUCCAGAAGCGCUGCGGAUUCCGACGGCACUUCUCCAGCAAUUGCAGCACAGCAGUGCAUCUUCCAGCUGAAAAAGGAGCGGGACGAGAAGAUGAAGGACGUGGCCAGCAAAGUCCUUGCAGAUUUGGACAAGAUUAAGCACCAGGUGUCUCAGGAAUGCGAAGAGCACGAACGGCGGAGGAAGCAGAAAAAGGCCAGGACUCUGACUGAUAUUGCCAAGUCGAUGCAGAAGCGCAACGCGAUUGAAGAGGACAUGAUGGCGGUAGUGGCGGGUAUGAACACUACUAUGACGCAGCUGGAGGAGCAUGUGAUGGGGGCCUACGACAUGAAAGAGCGCGAACUACAGAAUUUGCUUCGAGAUGAUCCGGUUUGA